UACAUUAUUAUAUUAGCAACAAAAAGAAAAAAUACAUUAUUAAUUAUGCGUAUUAAAUCAAUGAACCCUCUUGUGGUUUGUGGUGUAAUUGGAGAUGUUUUGGAUCCCUUUACAAAUUCAGUGUCUUUGAGGGUCGUUUAUGAAAAUAACAAAGAAGUCAGCAACAGUGGCGAGCUGAAACCCUCCCAAAUAGUCAAUCCACCAAGAGUUCAAGUUGGUGGAAAUGACCUCAGGACUCUAUACACUCUGGUGAUGGUGGACCCUGAUGGACCAAGCCCUAGUAACCCUAAUAUGAGGGAAUACCUGCAUUGGAUGGUAACCAAUAUUCCAGCGACUACAGGGACAACUUUCGGACAAGAGAUAGUGAGCUAUGAAAAUCCAAGACCAACAUCAGGGAUUCAUCGUGUGAUAUUUGUGUUGUUUAGGCAACCUUGUAGGCACACAGUAUUAGCUCCUGGAUGGAGACAAAAUUUCAUUACAAGAGAUUUUGCUGAAUUUUACAAUCUUGGAUUACCUGUUGCUGCUCUCUAUUUCAAUUGUCAACGAGAAAAUGGUUCUGGUGGAAGGAGGUUGAUCAUCUAAUAAUAAUAAUAAUAAUAAUAAUAUCGUACACUAUAAAUAAGAAAUGAUCGUGGAGUUUAGUUCUGAGAAUUCGUCGAUUGCUUUGGAUGAAUUGAAAAGUUAAGGCACAACACUCCUAUCGUGAGGCAAACUAUUGCGCAAAUGUUCUAGCCGGCCAACAAGUGGUACAAUAUGGGCUCUCAAUUGAUGAUUUGUUAGUCGGUGUCUAACUCAAAUUAGACACUUGUUGCAAGCUCAUUUAUUAGGCUAUCUUUUUUAAUAAAUAAGAAGGUCGAAGACAAAAAAAAACUACAACAAAAUCAAACAGGAGAUAGAAACACUUCUUCAUGCGUGUAUAAGAAGAUACUUGAGAAGUGCAUGUACUCAUGCCCGACCUUGGGAGUGUAAAGUGCUCAACUAAACCGGACCUCCAAAAGUUAUAGGUCUCAAAAUAAAAAUUUAGUCUGAUACUCACCCUUACUUAAAUAAAAAUAAAUAUUUGUUACUUCUUUUUCUUUCUUCAGUACAUGUUUGACUUUAGUUAUCAUUUCUGGAAAUAAAUCUGAUGCUAUCAAAUCACCCCUAAUUUGUAUAAUUACUUUAUCAGUCAAUUUG